GCUAUCCGACUCUGAUUGUGUGCAGUGAGAUGUCUCCGGAGUAGCCUACGCAACUCGACAAGGGCGAUAAGUGCAUAACUUUGGAUUUCUUGCAAGUCUACAUUUCAUAUCUUCAAGAUUUUUUUAUCGUUAUGUUUCUUAACGCAUCAGUAUUUUAGAGGUAGCCUGCGCCACAGGAAAACCCGGUGGACACAAAACAGUUCUCAGUCACCUACAUUUUUGUGAGAUUUUCGUAAAAAAAAAAAAAAAACUGGUUCCGAUCGUAUAUAAAACCAAUGAAAAAUCCUUGGCUUAAAUUGACUAACUCCGUUUUAUUGUUUUGCGAGGAUAAACCAAACACGUCUUUGGGUUGCAGAUUUGCAUCUUUUUUACUGACCGAAAUUCAGAGAAGUCGACAAGGGCUCGCGGACAAAGAAUAGGGCUACAGCCCAGGAUACGAUAAGUUUUCAUCUACACUCAUUUGCCUUUUCUUGGGUGUAUGGGCAGACACCAUGGACAAAAGACAAACAUAAUCUACAGGACGUUUACUUAUUGGACUUGGUGAACAUAGAAUCAUAGCGUCGUAGAAAGUUUUUUUACUUCUUAUCUUGAGGCAUAUUGUUUAUAAAGUGUUUUGGAGUUCCGUGUAUAUGCUAAAAACAAACUAUCGGCAUCAUCACCAUCCACUAAAUUGUUUUUGUCUAGCAAUGUUGUGACUACAACAUUUAAACCAUUCUGAGUAAAACUGUUAUUUGAACUGUGUCAGUCUCAGAUGUGGUCAGUGUUACGACCAACGGGUACGCGGCCCAGCUGACCGUGAGACAAAACAAGUAGUUAGUUUUUGACUCCGACCCGAAGGCGAUUCGUUUAUAUUACGGAUAUUUUUCCCGACAUCAUGGAGCUCACAUCCAGGCGCUGUGCUUUCAUUUGGUUUAUCCUGUCGGCGUGCGUUCUUCUAUCUUGUGGCGAGGAAGAAGUUCUGAUGAACACCAAGACGGAGAUGUCCGACCUCCGAUGGACCGUCUACUCCCAUGCCGGGCCUGAGUGGGAGGAGGUGAGCGGCCACGACGAGGAGAACAACAGCGUGCGCACCUAUCAGAUCUGCCAGAUGGAGGGCUCGGCCAGCCACUGGCUACGCAGCCGUCUGAUUGGGCGGCGGGAGGCGUCGCAGGUGUACGUGGAGCUGCGCUUCACCAUGAUCGAGUGCUCGUCCAGGGCCACGCACAGCCGCAGCUGCAAGGAGACCUUCAACCUGUACUACUACCAGGCCGACUCUGACGAGGCCACGCCCACACACCCGGCCUGGAUGGAGAACCCCUACACCAAGGUACACACGGUGGCGGCGGAUUUCCUGCUGAGGAAGGGCGGAGAGAAAAAGUUCAACGUGAAGACUCUGCGCCUGGGUCCUCUGACCAAGAGAGGCUUCUACCUGGCCUUCCAGGCCCAGGGCGCCUGCAUGGCCCUGCUCUCGGUGCGGGUCUUCUUCAAGAAGUGUCCCACCCUGGUCAGCGCCCUGUCCUCCUUCCCCGAGACCGUGCCGCGCACCCUGGUCCAGGAGGCGCAGGGCGUGUGCGUGGAGCACGCCACCCAGCAGGGGCCGCGCCCGCGGGCCCCCAAGCUGUUCUGCGGCGAGGACGGCCAGUGGGUGGGCCAGCCCACCACGUCCUGCAGCUGCGAGGCCGGAUACGAGGCGGCCGACGGCCACACCCGCUGCACAGCCUGCCCCCUGGGGCAGUUCAAGGCCACUCCAGGUGGCUUGUGCUCGGCCUGUCCAGGGUUCAGCCACGCCGUGGUGACCGGCUCCUCCGCGUGCUCCUGUCGCCCUGGAUACCUCCGAGCUGAGUCGGACAGCCCAGACACUCCGUGCACCAGGCCCCCGUCGGCCCCGCGCAGCGUCAGCACCCAGAUCAACGACACCACCGUCACCCUGGAGUGGAGCGAGCCGCUGGACAGCGGCGGCCGCACCGACCUCACCUACUCCCUGGAGUGUUCCCUGUGCGGGGCCCCCAGGGGCCCCUGCUCGCACUGCGGGGACAGCGUGAGCUACCGGCCGGCCCAGCGAGGCCUGCUGGGCCGCUCGGUGGUGGUCUGGGGCCUCCUGCCGCACACCACCUACACCUUCUCUAUCCAGGCCCUCAACGGGGUCUCCCAGCAGAGCGGCAAGGCCCCGAACAGCGACAGCGUCAACAUCACCACCAGCCAUGACGUGCCCAUGCUGGUGUCUACGGUCAGGAAGGCGGUGUCUACUGAGAGCAGUCUGACUCUGCACUGGUCUGUGCCAGCUCAGCCCCACUACACCAUCCUGCAGUAUCAGCUUCGCUACUGUGAGAAGGAGCGGCGUGGCGAGGAGCAGUCGUGUCGCUACAGGGAAAGCGACAGUAACCAGGUGGUGUUGAGCGACCUGCGGCGGGCCACCCAGUACGAGGUGCAGGUCCGCGCUCGCACCAUGGCCGGCUACGGCAGCUUCGGCCCAGCAGCCUCCUUCCGCACCCUGCCCGACGAGGACGAUGACUCCUCCCAGCUCCUGGUCACAGGGGUCCUGAUCGCCAUGGGGAUGUUGCUGCUCAUCACUGUCAUCACUGUGGCUGUGUACUGUAUACGGAGACACAGCAGAAUGAAGGACCCAGAGCUAAGUGACAAAAACAGCCAGUACCUCCUCGGCCAAGGGGUCAAAGUGUACAUCGACCCCUUCACCUACGAGGACCCUAACGAGGCCGUGCGGGAGUUUGCCAAAGAAAUCGAUGUCUCCUUUGUCAAGAUUGAGGAGGUCAUUGGAGCAGGUGAGUUUGGAGAGGUUUGCCGGGGCAGGCUGAAGGUCCCAGGGAAGAAGGAGAACUAUGUGGCCAUCAAGACUCUGAAAGGAGGCUACACGGACAAGCAGAGGCGGGACUUCCUGUCUGAGGCGUCAAUCAUGGGCCAGUUCCAGCAUCCCAACAUCAUCCACCUGGAGGGCAUCAUCACAGCCAGCUGUCCAGUCAUGAUCCUCACAGAGUUCAUGGAGAAUGGAGCGCUGGACUCCUUCCUAAGGCUGAACGACGGUCAGUUCACGCCCAUCCAGCUGGUGGGCAUGCUGCGGGGCAUCGCAUCGGGCAUGAAGUACCUGUCGGAGAUGAGCUACGUCCACCGCGACCUGGCCGCACGCAACAUCCUGGUCAACAGCAACCUGGUGUGCAAGGUGUCCGACUUCGGCCUGUCCCGCUUCCUCCAGGAGAACUCCUCUGACCCCACCUACACCAGCUCUCUGGGCGGUAAGAUCCCCAUCCGCUGGACAGCGCCCGAGGCCAUCGCCUUCAGGAAGUUCACCUCGGCCUCCGACGCCUGGAGCUACGGCAUUGUCAUGUGGGAGGUCAUGUCCUUCGGAGAGAGGCCCUACUGGGACAUGAGUAACCAGGAUGUGAUCAACGCCAUAGAGCAGGACUACCGCCUGCCCCCGCCCACAGACUGCCCCACCCACCUCCACCAGCUGAUGCUGGACUGCUGGCAGAAGGAGCGCUCGGCCCGCCCCCGCUUCGCCGCCAUCGUCAGCGCCCUGGACAAGCUGAUCCGUAACCCCGCCUCUCUGAAGAUCAUGGCCCAGGAGGGAGCAGGGCCGUCCCACCCCCUGCUGGACCAGCGCGCCCCCCCUGCGCCCUCUUCCUGUUCCUCGGUGGGGGAGUGGCUGAGGGCUAUCAAGAUGGAACGCUACGAGGAGAGCUUCCUGCAGGCCGGGUUCACCUCUGUUGACCUCCUGGCCCAGAUCACCACUGAGGACCUGCUGCGUCUGGGCGUGACCCUGGCGGGCCAUCAGAGGAAGAUCAUCUCCAGCGUCCAGACCCUGACCAUGAGCAGCAAGAACCACCCCGGGGUCCUCCGCUUCUGACCCCCCCUCCUCACCCCCCAGCUCUCCUCCGCCCUCCUGGCCUCGGCCCCUGACUGUGACACAGACACCAGCACACCUCCAUGUCAACAGACAGCCCCCUCCUCCCCACCCCCCCCCCCCCCCCACCCCCCCCCGCUGCCAUACAUGGAGUCCCUUAAAGGAAUGGGCGCAGCUUCGUUGACGCUACAGAGACCCACAUCCCCUCCAGCCGGGGGGGGGGGGGGGAGCAGGUCGGCUGUCACCUGAUGCUGGAGGAGGAGGAGAACGUUUUCCAUCUCCGCCCUCCUUUUCACUUUCUACUCCCGGCCCCCUGGCGAACGUUUGACCGGCCCCCUGGCGAACGUUUGACUGUAGUCCCGCCCUGGAGCGACAUGGGUCAGAACCGGUGUCGUUUUAAGGACUGUCGCUUUCGUAGUUGUUGUACGGCAUGGUAAGGGAUGAGUCUGUGGUCUGAGGUGACACUUCCUGAUGUUAUGGCCUGCAUUAAGCCACGUGGAUUGCUCUGCUCUGAAAUGGUGGACAGGCGAACUGUUUAAGUCGUUGGAAGGUUCUAGAACCUUCCGUCUUUUAUAAGAAGGUUCUGGACUGUAAUCACAGUUUUCUCAGCAGACCUUGGGAUUGGACUUCUAUUGAGCGCACCUCACGUUUUGCAUUUGCUUUCCGAAUGACCUGGUUCUUUCCUCGGGUGUCACGGCAACGCGGGCCAGCCGUUCACCUGUCCUCCUCAGAGGCAGUCUGGGUCUCUCCCUGGCCCAGUUGUGUGGGAGGAGGAGAGAGGGACUGAGAAAUAUUAGCACUUUGUCUGUUUCAGAGAGAAGCUUGUCGGCCAGAGAGAGGGAGGCGGGGUCUUUCCCUGGCUCCGCCCCCCUCCUUCUCUCUGCAGGACUUCCUAUGUUUCUCUUGGAGUAUGGUUGGCCAUUUCCACUUCCUGUCUCUCUGCUGGACUGAGGCAGCUCAUUUCCACGCAGUCUGACUGAACUGGGACUCAGUGGAAACAGAGACCAAGAGAGCACUGUUCAAUCUCUUUUCUACAGAAGCUUUUCUGCGGGAUAACACCCGGCCUCGUUAUGUGAAUGGAUGCUAUUGUAAGUGGUCUGUUCUUUUCAAACUUGUCUUCUUGCCCGAGUGCCAUUCAACUUAUUGGUAGACUAAAUAGCCUGUUUUAUAAAGCAGAUUUAUCUAAGGAAAAUGUCCUUUAAAUUUGCCACUUCAGAUGUUUAUGUUUCACCUUUCAGGAGAUUGUUUAGCCCCUCAAAGGACAAUGGGAAAUGCAGUCUUCACAUUGAGGAUCUGUGGAAUAAAAACAGGGACCUAUCUUUUAUAAAGUCGCCUUUUAAUUAAUGUAUAAAUAUAAGUAUGAUCUUGAUCCCUGUCCCGUCUGAGUGUAUUCUGUAUUCUGUUCAGUCACAAUAAAGAUACACGCCAGUGUUUAUCACCCA